CACCCCUAUUAUCGUCAUCGUUUCAUAAUGAGAUGAAUAUACACGAGAAGAUGUCCUCAUCUCCCGUCUAUCCGCUUAUUUGGACUAUUAGACGAGAUAUAACGAAGAUUAUAGAAACACCAUUCUCAUGGGAGCAGCUACAAUCUCCUCAUUUAACAUACAACGUUGUUCAAAUACUAGCCUUAAAAUAUGGAUCUCUUUAUCAUGAGAACUUGGCAGUUGUAUACUGCCUACUUGUUAACAGGGUUUACUUUAUCAGCGAAUCCAGUUCUCCGACACACAUGGGUGUCAAUGCGACAAGAGCUAAUCUCUGUGAACUACUCGCAUUAAAAGUAUUACGGAUUUAUGCUGAUAAAGCAUCAUCAAAGAUAGAUUUGGCGUAUGUAUUGGCAGGUCCAUUCAGGUUGUUCCAAGGUGCAUCAGAUGAAAUAAUACAGAAAGUACUCGAUGAGGAAGGCGAAAGUGCGCUUUUUAAAGCAAGCAACGCUCUCGAAAUAGCCAUAGUAGGAAACGCUAAAAGGUUUAUAAAAAGCGCCUAUUGCCAGAAAGUAAUAAAUUCAAUAUGGAAUGGCUCCGUUGUUUACACACCCGUUAACAAACACGCAUUCAUCAGUGAUUACUACAAAGUCAAACCAAUUACGUUCUUCAAUCCCCGCCAAUCACCUCUACUAGAUCAUUAUCGCUUGAAAGUACCUCGUAUUCGCUCCAUUAUUGAAUAUGUUAACUUCUGCAUUUUAUUCGCUUUGUUUGUCUUUGCUAUUGAAUCCAAUGAGCAACACUCACUCAAUGUGAUUGAAAUUGGCUUCAUAUUCUACGCCUUGGGUUUCACAUUAGAUAAAUUAGCAAGUACUCAGGAACACGGUUGGAAGGUAUACUCAGCAAAUCUAUGGAAUGGCUUCGAUUUGCUUUUUAUCGUAGAUUUCCUCCUAUACCUCUCAUUCAGGUUAUAUGGAAUCUGGUUUGAUCAUCCUAAAUACUCACUACUGGGCUUGGACGUCUUGUCUUGCGCUGCUGCAUUGUUAUUCCCACGAUUAGCGUUCGUCACGUUGUCGAACAACUUAAUGAUAUUAUCUAUACGGGCCCUUUUCUUAGAUUUCCUAUUCCUCAUGGCACUCGCAUUUUUCUGCUUUACAGGGUUCCUCUAUGCACUAUGGACACUCGGUAGAGGUGCUUACACCUGGCAAGAAUUAGCAAAGUACAUGAUGUUCAUCUGGUUCGGUUUAGAUGGAACAGGAUUCACCAUAUCGCCAAACCUUCAUCCAAUCUUUGGACCAGCGUUGAUUGUCUUAUAUGCAUGUAUAAGCAACACAUUGCUAUUGACGGUCUUAGUAUCAAUUCUAUCAACUACAUUUGCAAAAAUAGAUGCGGAUGCAGAAGCUGAAUACAUGUUUCGGCAAGCCGUCCAAACAAUCGAGGGUGUCAAAAGUGAUGCUCUAUUUGGAUACCAGCCGCCACUAAAUAUAUUCGCAUGGCUGAUUAUGACACCAGCUAAAUGGAUAUUGACACCUCGUUGGUUCCACAAAAUCAAUGUAUUCAUGGUUAGGGCCACAGCAGCUCCAAUAUUACUUUUUAUAUCACUGUAUGAGAGGUAUGAACCUGAAACACUUCGUUCAGUACUACCAUUUUAUAAGAGAAUUCAAGCGAUUGCAGACAAGAUUGGUGACAGCUUACCACGUAAAUUGAAGAACCUCACACUUCUCGAAGGGCUUGUUGGGUCAAGCAAAGAUGUCACAAUAGCAUUUGAGUAUCAUCCAGAUGAAGGAUGGGAUGAAGAUGAAGAUGAUGAUGAUGAUCUGGAUACAUUCACCAAACCCAACGUCAGUCAGGAUGAAGUACACAGAGCGACGACAGUCGCAAGGGAACAACAUUAUGGUACAGAGGAAAAUGAAUUACAUCGACACAUGUGCGAAGAAAUCGAACAAAGACGACUUAGUCAGAUGCCAUCAAGAAAUGAAGGUAAAGCAAUGCUGUCGCCUCAAACAAUUCAGAAUGAAAGGAGGCACGAUGAGCGAGAGGAGCGAGAGGGGCUAAUCAAUGUCGGGUUGAGUAAAAGUGUAGACAGGGAUCCACCAGCCAUCCCUCCUCGAACGACGUUCAAUGACCUUGAAAAUAGCGACGGAUUAUCACACGAUGUCGUCAGUCCUCUCUUAAGUCAGGAAGAUAUGCCAGUUGGCUUACGUUCGCGAAGAAAAACAGAUGGUACGGCACUCCUGCGUUCAAAAACGCUUGAGUUCUAUGGCGAAAAUAUGAAAUCACAACGUGCACAGAAGUCAUUUACUGAUAGACCGCGUAGAAUGUCAAAUGUGGAACAUACACUGAGUCGUAACAUAGGUAGUCUCAAUAGCCCACUAGCCAAGGCGUUCUCAACAAGGCCAUAUGCCUGGAAUUAUCGAAGACCAAUGUCACAUGAAUCUAAUAUAUCUACAAAUCACAAUGGUGGUUUGAUCCCACCACGUAGAUCUCAAAGCGCUAGCACAUCACCAAAUCCGACUCAAAGUGUUUUGCAUAGCAAUGAACACAAUAGAGCCUCUUAUCAUGUUAAUGACAAGCUUGCCGCCAUAGAUGCUAGACAAGUUCGCAUGGAAGCCUUACUUGAACGACUAGCAAAAAGUGUAGAAUGGACUCCCGGUCCAUCAACCUAAGCACGCGAGCAACGACAUAUUUAAUGUAACAAUGUAAUGGUAUUUAUUCAUGAAAUGUCUCGUUACUGAAUUAUCUACAUUUACAAUCUGUCAAUACUUCAUUGUUCGUUCACAAUGAUACUGGCUUUGCCCAUUCCAGAGCCAAUACACAUAGAAGUGCAAAGGAUUCUUGCGCCAGUUUUCUUAGCUUCUGAUAAGAUAGUUGCGAUCUGACGAGCACCCGUGCAUCCAAGAGGAUGGCCGAGAGCAAUUGCGCCACCGUUUGGAUUUACUUUAGCUGGUGAAAGACCCAGCUUUUGAACGCAAUAUAAUGCUUGCGAUGCAAAUGCUUCAUUAAUUUCGUAAAUAUCCACAUCAGAGGUAGUCAAGCCAGUCUUCUCAAGCACCUUUGGGAUUGCAACGGCUGGUCCGAUACCCAUGAUGCGUGGCGGACAACCAACGUCAGCGGAGGCGACGAAUUUACCGAGGAUAGGUAAUCUCAACCUUUCAGCAUGACUACGCCUGGUAAGAAGAACAGCAGCAGCACCAUCUGAGACUUGCGACGCAUUACCUGCAUGUGUGACACCGUUCGCAUCGAACGCAGGCUUCAACUUUGCGAGUGACUCUUUGGUGACGCCAUCUCUGAUACCGUCGUCCUUAUCAACGAGUCUUUCGGUACCGUCUGAGUUCUUGACCAUAAUUGGAGCGAUUUCAUCUCUGAAUUUGCCCGCUUUUUGAGCAGCUGCAGCUCUUUGUUGUGAGAGGGCGGCAAAUUCGUCCUGUGCAGCACGUGUGAUACCGAAGUCUUUGGCGACGUUUUCUGAUGUUAUACCCAUAGGAAUGAGACAAUCAGCUGCUUCUUGAUUUGAGAGUACAUCCUCGUCCAUAUUCUGAGGGAGUGCACCAGCGCCAUAGUGAGCGGUCAUAGAUUCCACACCUGCACCGAUACCGAAAUCAAUUUGACCUGAUGCGAUUUCAAGUGCGAUUUGUGAGAUAGCUUGCAAACCAGAUGAACAUUGACGGUUUACGGUGUUGAUAGCUGUGGUGUGUGGGAUACCAGCGUAAAGCUGUGCCAUUCUAGCAAGGCUUGCACCUCCUCCCGGUGGUAAAACGUUUCCUACAGCGAUGUCCUCAAUCAGAGUAGGAUCUACAUUAGCACGCUUUACGGCUUCCUUGAAAGCGUGGGCUAGUAACUUCUCCGGUAGAGUACCGGCUAAUCCACCUUUCCUAGCUCUAGUAAUAGGAGUUCUUACCGCUGAUACGAUAACGACAUCGUUUGGAUUUUUAUUGAGUACUUCUUUAAUCGUCAUAGUUUGAGUUCAAGUGGGGAGUUCACACUUUGGUCACGUAUUAUCAGCAGCUGACAAAUGAGGAUUUCAACGACGCUUAUGAAUUUAAAGCCAGCAGAAAAUAUCAGACCAGCGAUUUGGAAAUCAAUAGCACCUUACAACGCAAAUCACGACUUCAAAUUACCUAAGUUACCGGUACCGUCACUCGAUCAAACAGCCCAAUUGUUAUCGAAAUCUAUCAAAGCAUUAUCAAAUGACACAAACAAGAUAACAGCAUUAGAGCAUAAACUAGCGUCAUUCGUAGCAAACGAGGGUCCAAACUUACAAUCUAGAUUACACGCUCGUAGAAUGGACCCAGAGCACGUGAACUGGCUUGAGCAAUAUUGGGACGAUGCAGCAUAUAUGGCAUACCGCGAUUCAGUCGUCAUUAACGUUUCAUUCUUCUAUGGGUUCGUACCCACGUCACAGCCACUUUCUGAAACACAGUAUGCAGCAAGAAUUGCACACUAUGCUCUUCAAUUCCGCAAGACACUAUUCGAUGGUCAACUUGAUCCUGACUUUAUCGGCAAAGAUAGAUCACCAUUAUGUAUGAACUCCUACAGAUUCAUGUUCGAUGCUUGUCGCAUACCAUGCAAACCAGCUGAUUACGUCAAUGUUAAUAGACAAAAGAUUGGGCAUAUAGCUGUAGUCCACAAAGGCAAUUGGUGGAGUAUUCCUGCAACGACAGCCGAUGGAACGCCGUUAUCAGUUUCGGAGUUAGAGCAAAAGAUUGAUUACAUCAUUAAUCAGCCAGUGAAAGAGGGCUUUGUGGGUGUCUUAACAACUCGUAACAGAGAUAAAUGGGCCGAUGACCGUAUGAAGCUCAUACAGAUCGAUCCUACAAAUGCAGAUUCACUUGCUGAAAUUGAGUCGGCUGCCUUUGUUAUCGCUUUGGAUGGCACGCAGACGUUGGAUACACCAGUCACCAAAUCUAGACAUCUCUGGCAUGCAGGUGAUGGUGGUAAAUUUUCCAACAACCGCUUUGUUGACAAACCAGCUCAAUUCAUUUGCUGGACAGACCAAAGCUCAAACACAGCUAGAGGGGGUCUAAUGGGCGAACAUAGCGCCAUGGAUGGCACCCCACUAGUACGCUUAUGCGAGUUCGUCGUAGAAAACAUUGAGAAGGCCUCGCCUGCAUCUAAUGAACUACUCGACCAAGAUACCAUAAACGCAGAAAGGAGAGAUACCCUGGCACCCAAACACCUUGAAUUCAAUGAGAACGGCUUAGAAACAUCAACCGCAGAAGCUUGGAAUGAAAUUAAGAAUCUCACAAAUAGUCAAGUCCUUGGAUAUACUUUAACAGGUUAUGGCAAAGGCGCAAUAAAAAAAGCAGGCUUCUCGCCAGAUGCAUGGACACAGAUGAUCAUACAGCUGGCUUAUUCUCGCCUGGUAGCCAGUGAAGGUGGUGAAAAUAUCCCAGCUGCAACAUAUGAAGCUGCAAUGACACGAUUAUUUGCAAAUGGACGCACAGAAUGCGUUAGAUCAGCCACAUCUGAGAGUGCUUUGUUCACAAAUGCGAUGAAUGAUAGCGCAAAGACAAAUGAAGAACGUAAAUCAGCUUUAAAGGCUGCCAUAAAGAUCCACAUCGAGAACAUGAAACAAGCAGGCCUAGCUCAAGGUUGCGAUAGACAUCUUUUUGGUCUUAAGAAGUCUUUACUUCCAAAUGAACAAGUGCCUGAUAUAUUCAAUGAUGAGUUAUUCAAUGUAUCAGCUACUUGGACGUUGUCAACCUCACAGAUAUCUUCAAUGAGUUUCGACACAUAUGGCUGGGGUGAGGUCGCUCCAAAUGGCUUUGGCAUAGCCUAUGCUAUCUUUGAAGAUUACCUUCAAUUCACUAUUACCAAUACUAUUUUAUACGGUACAGCAGAAGAAAAGAAUGGAAAGGGUAAAGAACGUAACGACAAAUUUGUGACUUUUUUAAAUGAAGCUGCUAACGAUAUGAUAAUGCUUUUUAGGCCGUCACAACAUCAAUCUAAGCUUUAAUCUUCUUAUGACAAUACCACGAAAACGAAACUACAAAUUGUAA